CGCCGGAAGCGGCGGGAGGCGGCGCGGGACCGGCGAGCGGCGCGGCGGCUGCGGCGCGAGUAGCGGAGCGGCUCCAGCCCUUUCCUUCCUUCCUCCCCCUGCGCCUCGCACAGCGGCGUAGCGAUGAGCGGGCUCCGAGCGCCCCGCGGCGUUCCCGCGGCGCCGGGCUGCCUGCUCCUGCUGGGGCUGCUGCUGGUCGGCGCCGCCGCCGCGGAAUGCGAGCUGGAGGCUGCGGACGUGCCCGGCGGGCGGCGGGGAGCGCGAGGAGGCGCCGCCGCCUCCUCUUCCUCCUCCUCCUCCUCCUCCUCUGCGGCGGAGGGCGCGGCGGUUGUGACAGAUCCCUGCAGUUCUCUCAGCCCACCAUGCUUUACUGAGGAGGACCGGUUCAGCCUGGAAGCUCUUCGCAUGAUCCAUAAGCAAAUGGAUGAUGACAAAGAUGGUGGAAUUGAAGUAGAUGAAAGUGAUGAGUUUCUAAGGGAAGAUAUGCAGUAUAAGGAUGCUUCUAAUAAGCAUAGCCACCUGCAUAGAGAAGACAAGCAUAUCACUAUUGAGGAUCUAUGGAGACGAUGGAAAACAUCUGAAGUUCAUAACUGGACUCAAGAGGACACUCUUCAGUGGCUGUCAGAAUUUGUUGAACUGCCCCAAUAUGAAAAGAAUUUCAGAGAGAGCAAUGUCAAUGGAACAACACUUCCCAGGAUAGCAGUGAAUGAACAUGCUUUCAUGAUCUCUCACCUGAAAAUAAUUGACCGCAGCCAUAGACAGAAACUUCAGCUUAAAGCCUUGGAUGUUGUUUUAUUUGGACCUCUUACACGUCCCCCUCACAACUGGAUGAAGGAUUUUGUAUUAACUGUUUCUAUAGUUAUUGGUUUUGGGGGCUGCUGGUUUGCAUAUACACAGAACAGAACCUCAAAAGAACAUAUCACAAAAAUGAUGAAGGACUUGGAAAGUCUUCAGACAGCAGAACAAAGUCUUCUUGACUUGCAAGAAAGGCUUGAGAAGGCUCAGGAAGAGAAUAGAAAUGUAGCUGUGGAAAAGCAAAAUCUGGAGCGCAAAAUGAUGGAUGAGAUCAAUGAUGCCAAACGAGAAGCUCAUCGGCUAAGGGAGUUGAGGGAGGGAGCUGAAUGUGAGCUCAGCAGGCUCAAAUAUGCGGAGGAAGAGCUGGUGCAGGUGCGCAUGGCUUUAAAAAAGGCUGAGAAGGAAUUUGAGCUGAGAAGUAAUUGGUCUGUUCCUGAAGCUUUGCAGAAGUGGCUUCAGCUAACGCAUGAAGUUGAAGUACAGUAUUACAAUAUCAAAAGACAGCAUGCCGAAAUGCAGUUGGCAAUUGCCAAAGAUGAGGCAGAAAAGAUAAAAAAGAAGAGAAGCACUGUAUUUGGAACAUUACAUGUUGCACACAGCUCUUCACUGGAUGAAGUGGACCAUAAAAUCCUUGAAGCCAAGAAAGCACUCUCUGAGUUGACAACCUGCUUGCGGGAGCGUCUUUAUCGAUGGCAACAGAUUGAGAAGAUUUGUGGUUUUCAAAUAGCACACAAUUCUGGGCUACCAAGCUUGACCUCCUCUCUCUACUCUGAUCACAGCUGGGUAGUUAUGCCCAGAGUUUCCAUUCCUCCUUAUCCAAUUGCAGGGGGAGUUGAUGACUUAGAUGAAGAUACUCCUCCAAUAGUUUCACAGUUUCAUGGGUCCAUUGUAAAACCUCCAAGUACACUGGCAAGAAGCAGUAGCUUGUGUCGAUCAAGACGCAAUGUUGUGCCAUCAUCUCCACAGUCUCAGCAUGCUUUGCACUCCCCUGACCCUGACAUCCUUUCUGUGUCGAGCUGUCCAGCUCUUUAUCGAACUGAAGAGGAGGAGGAAGCCAUUUACUUCUCUGCUGAUAAACAAUGGGAAGUACAGGAAACAGGUUCGGAAUGUGACUCGUUAAAUUCAUCCAUUGGAAGGAAGCAGUCUCCUCCGUCUAGUCUUGAGAUGUACCAGACGCUUUCUCCUCAGAAAGCAUCCCGGGAAGAACUCUCAAUCGAGGAAUCAUCUACAGGAGACUCUUCUUCUCUAACUGCAGAUAUAUCUAGGGGCUCUCCUGACUGUGUAGGCAUGGCAGAAACUAAAAGCAUGAUUUUUAGCCCUGCAAGCAAAGUUUAUAAUGGAAUUCUGGAGAAGUCCUGCAGCAUGAACCAGCUUUCAAGUGGAAUCCCAGCUGUAAAGCCUCGGCACACCUCAUGCUCUUCAACCAGCAGUGAUAGUAAACCCAGCCACGAAGCUUGUUCUGUCCCUAGGAUAAGUAGCAUCCCACAGGACCUGUACCAAAAUGGUGAAAAAAACAAAAAGCCAUCGAAAAUAAAAAGCCUCUUUAAGAAGAAGUGUAAGUGAGGUGGGCAGAAGAAAUCUGUAGUAACAUUAUAAGAACUCUUUUUUUAAAUCUAUAGGAAUGUAAUUCCAUUUGAGCAUUCCAUUCUCGAGUGGAAUGUUCUCUAGGUCAAUUCUAUUUAACUGACUCUCUUGUCAAAGAUCGUGCCAGCUGUCAAUGAGAAAUGAUUAAAAGUUUCAGACAGUUUACAUUCAUUUCUGCCUAUUUAUUUCUUUUUUUUCCCCCUUUUGUUUAUGAAUAAACCCUUUUUAAGCCACUUUGGACUUAAAAGCUUUAAUGAACUAGUAAGCCUUCCUGGGCUUGCCAAAGUUUCUUGUUUACUGGAGCAUCUUCCUAUCUUUCCAUAGAGCUAGGACGCUUAUCUACUGGACUUCAAGAAAAAUAAAAAGAAGUAGAAUUAAUUGAAUUGCACUACUGUUUUACAGACUGGAAAAGUCUCUCUGCAAGUGAAACUGAAAGACGUAUAUUUGACUGAGAAGAUGAAACUUUUCACUUUUAGAUUUUUGGGGUUUUUAAGUAGAACCUAGGAUUUCUAAUUGACUUGACUUCUGGAAAUGGAAAUGCCACGCCUUUACUAUGGGAAGCUUUGUUAAUGCAUUUAUUAUUAGAAUGGUUCAAGUCCUGCUGUAAAGAUAAUGUUUUUCCCAGGACUGUCACUGUGAUUUUACUUCACUGCAGGCUGUAUGAUAAAUUUAUAUAGAUAUGUGUGUAAUUUAACAAGAGAAGAAACUCUUGAUUCCUUAUGCAAGUGAUUGAUAUAAAACUUGUCUGGGGACUGGAAAUACUGACCCUCUUAAAAUGAGGAGGGGAUUAGUAGCUUUUGUUUACAGACUGACAGAAAAAGGACAUCUGCUUUGUGAAAGUUUGUACUGUGGCAAAGAUAAUAAAUUGGAAACAUUAUUGUGCUUUGGGAAUGUUCCAAUUUCAGCUGAUGCUUGUUUCAGACAUAUUUCAGAGUUCAGUUUAUUCAAAGCUCUUGUAGGCUACAUUGCUUAUGCUUACUGCUGUGUAUAAGUUAUUGUUAUAUUUUUUUUGGAUUAGCUAUUAAUGUCUUAAUGUCCUUUUGUAAGAUUUCAUACACUUUAUUUUUGUAUAGUUUGAAGAUUUAGCUGUUCAGACAUGUCUGAAGUAAAUGGUAUGAUUUUAUAAUGCAUACUGUUAUAGUAACUCAUAAUUUUAGAUACAAAGGUGAGAGUCGACGUGCUUCAGAAGGAGAUUUUCUUUAGGUUUUAUAUGGAGAGAUGAAAUUACUAUGAGGUAGCAAGGAAGCCUGUUUAGACAAUAGUAGCUAAUUGUUCAAAAACUUUUUUUUAAACAGUGGGCGACAAAAUGUACUGCUUGAGUAACAGUGCCUUUUAUUCAGUUUGUCUGAAAAUGUUAAUACUGAGCAGGAAUUUAUUUUGAGGUACAUUCCAAAGAGAUAUUUCUUGCUCCAGUGAACACAAGCAAUUUAUCCAGUGAUCACAGAAUUGUUUCAGCUCUUCCAUAGGGGUAUGGUAGUUGCCUCAGUAACAGGUGCCACUGCCAGCAAGCAGCCUGUGAUCAGGGGCUCAUUCCUCGCCAGUAUGUUCAUGCUGUACUGUAUGAAAGAAUUAAUUCACUGACUGCCUAAAUUUUCUUGCCAGUAAGGAGCCUUUAAGAAAACUUGUAGCUAAUUGAAAUUAAACGAUACACAUUUCUUUUCUGUAAUUUUCUAUUUAGGUUCCAUUGUACAUAAUUGAUAUGUUAGUUUUGUCCUUAGUAAGUAGCGGUGAUGUUAACAGAAGCAUUUACAAUGGAUAGUGAAAUGGUUAGAAGAUGGGAUGGAGAUAUUUCAGUACCUUAAAAGUCCUGGAACACUGAUUCAUUCUUUAAGAGAACAGAAAGAAUCUGGAGUUUUGCUGUCUGUCAAGGAAUCAUUGAGUAUCAUCUAUACGAAAAAGCUUAGGGGAAAUAAAAUAUUUGUAAGGUUUGGAGAAAAGGAAAAUUGAUGGAACAGAAAAUAAUGAAAUUAUAUUGUUCUGUUCUCUGAAUCAUCAUUGAACAGUUAUGACUGUGAAAAUAGUCAUCACAUGGUAGCAGUGAUGUCCUUGAACUAUGACUGCUUGCUCUGUCCUUGUUAGUCUGUAUGCAAGUGUGUAAAGACUUUUGCCAGAGUGAACCACCUCAAUGCUGAGUUGUCGGAGUCAUAGUUAAAAGCCUUAUGAAGUACUUGAAAAAUGUAAAAAGGGAAAAUGCAUUAAAAUUAAGUAACUUAUUUUGCCUCCAAAACAACAUAAAGAAGAAUACUACCAGAAAAUGUUCAAUUUUUUGUCUGCACUUGAGAAAGCUAUAGCAAUAAUUGAAUCUUAAUUAAGAUUUGGGGCUGGAUAGUAGAUGUUGCAGUGUGAAGUUUGAGGAAUUGUCUCUACCAUUACCAAAGAAGAUGAAGCAGAUUUUUGAUACUAGAGUGUAAAUAUUUACACAUGGAAAAAUCAGUCUGGUACUGGGGAGUGGAAGGACAACGCUUCCUAAUCACACAGUAGUUGGGGUUAGAAGGGACCUCUGGGGAUCAUUUAGUCCAAUUCCUUGCUAAAGCAGUUUCCCUAGAGAACUUGCAUCAAAACUGUGCAAGCUCAAAUACUGAAAAACCAAAUUAAGUUUUCUGUGGUAUGUGUAACUGAAAAGUAAAACAGAAGCAGUGGUAGAUUCUUAAUUGGCUGUGACUUUUUAAAAAGUAUUAUCUUUCUUAAAACAUGCAAUUUAACCAGCUUCUGGAAGAAAAAUGUUAUAGUAUUCUACAAAUGAGAUUGUCAUAGUGAUAGGUUUUGGAGCACAGACUGCUCUCAACACUGUUUAUCACCAGCUGUCCUAUAACUAUAGCUGCUACUCAAUAAAAAUAAUAACUAAAAGCUUAAGUUAAUGUGAUCAGAAGUGGUAAGUAUUGUAUGUUGGAGCAUAAACUGUAAUUAAUUUAAAUUCAUAAAGCUUUCUCCAUUAUUUUAGUCGAGCCCUUACAUGUUAAUUUGUCCACUAUCUACAUGACUUGUGUUCCUGCUGUUAUGACUACUGUUGAAGUGUUUUUCUUCAAACCUUCAGCGUCUUUUUUUCUGCUUCACUAAAAAAAAAAUCGUUAGGAAUCUGAUGAGGUAGAGAAAGGAAAUAAGCAGGAAGGAUAUGUUGAGAUCAUAGACACUAGGGCAGAUCCUCCUGGUAAACAUCAAAUCCAGCCUCAGCAUUGAAGUACCUGGCAUGCCUCAAUGUUUCAGAAGUGAGGAGACUAUAUGCUUUAAAAGGUCCUUCAAGUUUUACCUCUGUUUGCUUAAUGUAAUCUGAAUAAGCUGGCAGUCACUGAGUCCAAUCAGCAAUCCAGAAACUAGGAUUGCUGUAAGACAUUAGUCAUUUGAGACAAUCUAAUGUCAUCAUUCUUUAGCAGCAGAGGACUUCCUGAGCUCUAAAUUCAGGAUGGUUAUAAUCAGAGUUAUUUUUUUCUGUUGGAACUCUUAUAGCUAAAAUUGUGUUCUAUUUUAAGUUCUCUUGUACUUUUUCUAAAUGUGAGGAUCUUUGCUUUCUUAAACUUUUUGUUAAAGUAUCCUCUGUCAGGAUAGGGCCCCUCUAUAGAUGCUGUCUAGCCUCUUCAGGGAGAAUCAUGUGUCUGUCACCUGUAAAAGAAAUGUCUAGUGUGGUUUCAUAUCAAGAAAUAUACUGACAAGUAAAGAAAACAAAACAAACCCAAACACCAAACCUUUCCUCAGUUCUUACUGAAGAUUAUGAUUUUUCUCUCCUUAUAGCACAAAAACUUUAGUAAGGGUAUUUUUGGUUGUAGUGGGGAAUGCUUUAUGACCAGGUUAUGAUGAACUUUGAGACUAAAGCUGUUAAUUUUUUUCUUUGGUGAAUGAUGGAAUUUAAAAUUGCACGUGCACAGUUCUAGACGCAUAUAGUAUACUUUUAUUUCCCCACUUUGCUGAUACCUAGGUAGCAAAUUACUGUUUACUUUCUGAUGGACAAUUGGCUGAAACAGGGAAAAUUUUCCAUCGUAAUUGAUCCAUCCUUAUCUGGAAGCCUUGGAACCUAAGAAGAUUUGACUUGUGUUUAUUUGUGAUGUGUAUGGAUGCGAGUUAGAGUUGGGCAUUAGUUUUAUGACUAAAUGCAGAAAAGUAAUUAGAAAUGGAAGCCUAAAAGUAUUCUGCCAUUUUGCCUCUUAAGUAUGUGGGAAAAGAGCAUGUGUGGGAGAGAGAGCAACUCCAAUCAGCAUUUCUCAUACCACCAGCUUUUAGAGCAUCAGGAUAGUUUCAUUCCACUUCCAAGAAACAAGGGAGAAGAAUGCAAAUAAACCCAAGUGUUUUAACUUAAAUUUUUGUUUGAAGCUAAAUAGUGGAAUUACUGAUUCCUGGACCUCAUUACCAUUUGCUUAUCUCCUUGUACAAUAUGUUAAGGAUGAUGAACGUAGUUUUCUAAUGUGUUCUAGUUGCACUGACUAAAGUGAUUUGUGAUUGAAACACAGCUUGCUCCCAAUUGCUCCAGGCAUUUUAAUCCUGGAUAUUGCAUGUUCAUUGAAUAAUAGUUGUUUGCUAAGGCUGUUUAAUUUCAAGUGAUGGUAAACUUCUCUGCUUUUGUUUUUUAAACACAGAUUUGGAUAUAGCCACUAACAAAAGAAAAAAGGGUUUUGCCUGUGGAGUUUCAUAGCUUGACAUCAUGUAAAUGUUGUCAAGCAGUGCUUUUGAGGCUACAGUAGUUCAACAAUUUCACACGCGUUUUUAGUAGAUGACUUUCCCUUCCAACUCACUUGAUAUGGUACUGAUCUGAAACUCCACCUAGUCCUCUCUUGUGUAAACAGAAGGCACUGAUUCAUGCAAAUUAGAAUAUUUAAUGCGCCUCUGAAAUUCUCUGAAAUGGAAAUUGGUUAGGUUGAUCUGAAGUGUUACAGGGAAAUCCUUACUCUUUGCAUACAGUGAAAAAGAAUGCAAAGGUAUGUAUCAUCUGUUCCUAUAUCAGAAGGCUAAAAGAUGUUUACAGCUUUUGGUGCUGGAGAUGAGAUGCGUUCAAUCUCAAAACGUUCAGAGCAGUAACUUUAUCCAAGAAGUUAACCUUCGUUUGCAGCACAAACUCUUCAGGGCAUUGCCUUGAUCUUUCUAUUCCAUUUUCAAACCAGCAUUAAGCUUAGUAGCUACAGCACUAACUUAUGUGAUUGCCAGACCUCAGAGCAGUUCUGGAUAAUGAUUUCAGUAGUAUGUCUUAAAGGUGACUUUGUUUAAUGUUGAUGACAUCUGAAUCAACUCUCCUUUACAUUCCUUUUGCUUUAAUUCUGCUCGGUUCUUUGUGAUCCCUCUACUGCUACAAAAAAAAAAAAAAAAUACACAGGAAAUGAUAGUUGUUUGUGUUUAGAAUACAAAGCAUUUUUGCAUUUUUUUUACUCAGUAAUUGAGAAUUACUAAUAGAUAAGCAGUAGAUUUUUUUAAAGACUAGCUCGUGGUUGGAUGUAGCUGUAUAAACGUUGCUGUACUUCAGUUGAGCAAGUAUGUCAUUGACUGGUGCAAUUUAUUUCAGUGGUAAAGUUAUCUGUCUUAAAUUGUCCUUCAUUUGUUUUUAUUUUUUUAUCUUAACUUGAUGCUGCCCAAUUAUUUUCAGACUUGAAGUAAUUUAAAAUUAAGGUCAGUAUGUCCAGUCUUAAAAAGGUCAGUCUUCAGUUGUCAGCCAUCAGAUCAUUCGUACUGGAUUUAAUUAAAAUUAGUCUUCUGCAGAAACAUCCAUCUUGAAUCUUUGUACUAGCUUAUUAAUUUGUUGGUAGAAUGGGUUUCUGGAGGUCUUUAGGUGAAAGGCGGAGAACUGACGUGAACCGGGUAACCUGUGUUCUUUUAUCAGCUUUGAAAUCCAUCUCCCAGUAGGGUUGAGUCUCCCCAGGGGAAUUUAGAUGUACUUUAUUGCUUGGAACUUUGUAGUUAAUUAUAUUUGGCUAUCUAAUUCUAAUAACUGCAUGUGCGCUGUGCUUGCUUGCUUUUCAAUAGCUAAUAAGAGCUAUGGGAGUUCUUAAGAAAUUGUUUAAAAAAAAAAUAAUGUAACAACAACAACUGAAAAAAGACUGGCAAGAUAAUCCUGCCAGGUUGUGGACUGACUUGAACCAACAUCCCAGCUUUUGAUCUGAAAGGCCUGUUUUGUGAAGUGAAUUGCAUAGCAUGUGUGGUUUCACACUGCUCUCCUGCAAGCAACAAGAAAAUUAAAUUGCCCUACAUGUUAGCAAGGCUGUUUGGGAAGUGUCUUGCUCUAUUCUUAUUUUCAGUUUUAAAAAGAUUUAGUAGUAGGCAUUCAGCAUAUCAGUGCCUGACUGAAAAGAUUAGCAGAAUUUGAAUGACUUGCAUUGUUUUGUUUAAUUACAGCUUUAUAAAAAUGUAUAUAUUUGCAUAAAGCCUGUCUUUGGUUCUAGGUUGUUUUCCAAUGACGUAAUAAGAAGAGGACCAAGACAAAUGUGUACACAGUUUAAAUCUUACUCAAAAGGCUUUACUGUUCUGGGAAGAUAUGUUGUCCUCCAUGCAGAUUCUGCUCUUCCUCUAUUUACUUCUCUUUGUUUUCGUUGACUGAACUAAAGUGAGAAACAAAGCCCUGGGACUGACUAGUUUCUAUCUCUAAUAUAUACACACUAUACUUACUUUUGACUUCAUCUACUGCAUGUUGUUAAGGCUGUACACAAAUGCAGUUGGAGUAUUUCUUUGGUGUUGUACAGCAUGAUGCAUUUUGUUCCCCUUUCUAGUUUACCUCCCAUUAGCUAUAUAUUGCUUUACAACUGGAAGAAAAAAAAACCCAACAUCUGAGUUUUUGGGAAUUGAGUCUUUGUUUGCAUAUUUUUUUCUGUGAGUCUUAUGAGAAAUGUCCUGCUUGGAGAGUCUCAGACAGUAUUUUCUUGUGUUCAUUCAUGUUGUUUUGCUUAUUUUAUAAGUGGAUAUUGAUUUCUGAUGUGUUGUUACACUUAAUGUUGAAUAAAUCUUACUUCCAUUUUGAAAAGUGAAAA